CUAUUUUUAGCCCCUGAAUGGAUCUGAGCUGGAGCCGGGCACUGCCCCCGGCCAGGGGACGGCAUCAUGUUGUGCUGGGAGGGCUCUCCUGCGGGGCUCCUCGAAUGGCUCCAUCCCCGCCCGGGGCUGGGGGACAGGCAUGGAUAACUUCGAGUACAGCAUCCAGCUGAACGAGCGCGAAUGGGCCGAGUUCCUGCGGGCGGCCGAGGAGUGCAGCCUGGCGCCGGCCUCGCUGGCCACGGCCGAGGAGCAGAGCCUCAGUGACAUUGAGCCAGGGGACACCCGGGGACGGGACUGUCCCCGCGGCACGGCCGGCGUGCCCGCAGCGCGGCCGGGCACCGAGCCAGCCCCGGGCACGGCCAGCCCUGCCCCUCGUGGUGACACCGGCGACACCGCCAGCCCUGCCCCUCGUGGUGACACCGGCGACACCGCCGGCCGCGGGCAGCGCUCGCUGCCGGAGCCGCUGGCGGGCAGCGAGGACGAAGCGCAGCGGGGCUCUGCGGGCACGCUGCUGUGCCACAGCGAGCAGCCCGGCCGCCAGGCAGCCGCUGCCAUGCCCAGCGCCCAGCGCAGGCAGCCACCGCGGCCACCCGCGGCCGCCCCGGCCGGUGGCACGGUGCCCGGGGGCAGCGGGGCCGCGGAGCCCCCCGGAGCCCCCGAGCGGGGCGGGGACGCGGCGGGGACACAAGCCCCGCCGGCAGAACCGGGAGCGGGGGCACGGCCGGAGGCUGCAGCAGCCGCUGCCCCCGCGGAGGGACCGGCCGGGAAAAGCGCUGCCCCCGCCGAGCCCGGGCUGCGGGGACCCGCCGGGGACCCCCCGAGCCCGUCCCGGGGCACGGGGCCCGGCGUGGCACCGGAGGAGGAGCAGACGGGCGCGGAGCCGAGCUCCCCGGGCGGAUCCCCGGGCGUGGUGAGGCCCAAGGUGCCGGUGCAGCCCAGGAAGAGCCGCAAGCAGCGCGGAACCGGCGGCACCGAGGGGGACCGGGACCCCGCGGCGGCCGCGGCGCCGGGCGGCACCGGGGCCGGGAAGGCACCUCCGGGCUCCCCGGUGGCCCCUCGGAAGGGCAGAGGGAAGGACAAGGCGGCCAAGGCAGCGCUGGCGAGGGCGGGCAGCGAGGAGGCGGCGGAGAACAAGCGGGCGCUGCCCGGGCCCGGCGCGGACGGCGGCGAUGCCGGGGCCGCUCCCCCGAAGCCCCGGGGGAAGGAGCCGGGGCCGCAGGGCCCGGGGAAGACAAAGGCCACCAAGCCCCCAAAGGCCGGGCAGGCCGCUGGCUUGGGCGUACGUGACACUGUCCCAGCGGUCCCUGGCGACGGAGCCGCGGCUCCCCCAGGAGAGGUGAGCCAGGAGAUGCCAGGGAAGCCACUCCAGCCCGGGAACGUGGCAGCGUUCGGAGGGAAUGCUGCUGAGGGGGCUGGGGGGGAGCCUGCUGCUGAGAUCCCUGGAAUUGCUGCUGCUGGGAUCCCUGGAAUUGCUGCUCCUGAGAUCCCUGGAAUUGCUGCUGCUGAGACCUCCAGGAAACCCUCAGAGAUCCCUGGAAUUGCUGCUGCUGAGAUCCCUGGAAUUGCUGCUGCUGAGAUCCCUGGAAUUGCUGCUGCUGAGAUGCCCAGGAAGUCUGCUGCUGAGAUUCCCAGGAAGUCUGCAUUUGAGAUUCCCAGGAAGCCCUCAGAGACCCCUGAGGUUCCUGCAGCUGGGAUCCCUUGGAAGCCUGCAGCUGCGAUUCCCAGGAAACCUGUACCCGAAAUCCCUUGGGAGCCUGCAGCUGGGAUCCCCAGGACUCCUGCAGCUGGGAUCCCCAAGAGUCCUACACUGGGGAUCCCUUGGGAGCCUGCAACAGGCAUCCCCAGGAUUCCUGCAGCUGAAUUCCCCAGGAUCCCUGCAAUUGAGAUCCCAUGUGAGCCUGCAGCUGAUAUCCCCACAAUUCCUGCAGCUGGGAUCCCCAGGAUCCCUGCCAUUGAGAUCCCCAGGAUCCCUGCAGCUGAGAUCCCCAGGAUCCCUGCCAUUGAGAUCCCGUGUGAGCCUUUAGGUGGGAUCCCCGCUAUUCCUGUGCCCGGGAUCCCCACGAUUCCUGCAGUCGGGAUCCCCACAAUUCCUGCCGUUGGGAUCCCCACGAUUCCUGCAUCCAGGACCCCUCGGGAAGCUGUGGCCGAGCUGCCCAGGGCCGUGAGCCCGCUGUGCUUUGCUGACGGGGCCCCUGGCAAGCCCAGCUGCCUGGAUGUGACCUGGCCCGAGAUGUACGAGUACCUGUUCUGCGAUUCCCAGGAGGAGGAGGAGCUGGGCAGCUCCCUGGAGGGCCGCAAGUCCCCCUUGCAGAGGGAGAUCUCCUGGCCAGAACUGUACGAGUAUUUUUUCACCGAGCCAGAAGGAGGCAGGAAAAAAGGCAAAGCUAAAGACAGGAAAAGGAGGAAGUUCAGAGGCCUGGAGCGCCCUGGGCUGCACCAGGAGGCUCCCAGCUCUGCUCCAGGCAAGGACACCGUGCUUCUCUCAGUCCCUGACGUGUUCGAACGCUUCCUCCCACAGACAGCCCCCAGCAGGAUGGGCUGGAGGGGGAUUUUCUCCACGGCUCCGGCCUCCGAGGUGAAGAAAGCUGUGAGGGCUUUGAGCUCCCUGCUGCAGAGGCAGGUCCAGCUGGGGGGAGACCAAGCCUCGACCUCCCAGGCCCUGGUGCCCAGAAGAUCCGGAGAGGAGCUGGCCCUGGUCCCGCUGGGAGGAGCCCAGGUGUGGCCAGAAGAUGCAGACGGGGCCCUGAGAGGAGCAGCAGAGGACCCGCGGCUGCUGAGCCACAAGGACAUGUGCCUCGUCUUCUGCGCCUUCGCCUCCUGGGCCGUGAAGACAUCUGACCUGCAGGCUCCGGAUGCCUGGAAGACCAUGUUCCUGGCGAGCUUCGGCACCCUCUCGGCCAUCCGCUACUUCCGAAGGCAGGUCAGGGAAGGGCACCCCCGGACUUAACCCCGGCCCCGCCGGAGCCGCUGCCGGGGCCGGGGCUUUGCUCCGGACAGCGGGAGGAGCCGGGAGCCAUCGCCGAGAGCUCCCCCGGCCCCGGCCCCGGCCCCGGCGGGACAGGCCGGCACGGGCAGCGGGACCCUCCCGGCGAUGCGAGCGGACGGUAGGACGGGCAGGGCUGGCUCGUCCCUGCCCGGUGGCUGCCCCGCCGCUCCCUGCCCGCCGCCGGAGUGCCCGGUGGCACGGGAGGGAGGCGCAGAGGAAGCAGGGCACGUUCAUCCCGAUAAAAGGGCCGGGAUGGCUGCGGAGGAGCUGCGGGAAGAGCCCGGCUGAGGCUCCGGGGGAUGCGGGGCCGCUGCCUCGGCGGAGCCCGGCGCUCCCGUCGCCGCUCGGAUCGCUCCAGGAGAGCUCAAUCUCUGGGAUUUCAGCCCAAAAAGGCCCGGCUCGGUGGCAGCAGCGCGGGGAUGAGUUUUCUGUCCACGGCUCUGUCCCUGGGGACAGCAGGAGGGGACGGGCAGGGGUCGCACCGGGGAAGGGGCAGCCGGGGAGGGUCCCACAGGGUGGGAAGGGCAGCAGGGAGAGGGGCUGAGCUCGGGGAAGUCUCAGGAAAGAGGACAGGAGGAUGUUGGAGAGGAGGGAGAAGGAGGUGGGCAGGUUUGGCUGUGCCAAUCAGCAGGGAAACGUUUGACUGAGUAUUUGAUUUAUUUCCUUUUGUGCCUCCCGUCCUAGAGAGGCAAAAGUGCCUGGGGGAGCCGUGGGGUGAGGGGAGCGUGGAAGCUGUGGGGCUGGGGAGUGGCAUGGCAUGGAAUGGUUCCGUUGUGCCUCCCUCCCCACUCCAGGGCAUCGCCCAGGAGGAAUUUGCUCCCCGCACAGCCCGGUGACAGCCCCGGUGCGGGACUGAGCCCCGCGGGGGCUCUGCCCUGUGUCUGUGCGGUGACAGCAGAGAGGGGAGGUUCCCCUCCUUGUGCCGGGAGUGCCACCAGGCUCUGAGGGGUGCAGGGUGGGCUGGGGGCCGGGGGUUGUUGCUGACAGGAGGGCACAGCGAGGUCUGGGAGCUGGAGCUGGAGCUGGACAGGCUCUGCAUGGCCUGGAGCAGCUGGACACCCCCUGGGAGGGCUGCUGGGAGGAGGAGAGCGGAUGGAACGUGCUGGAAGCUUCUAAUAAAGUUCUGUCUCAUUUA